GGGUGUGCGCAUUAGCCUUUUCAUCAGGUGUAUCUGUGUUGACUUUGUGUUAGACCUGCACUAUACCCUUACUCGACGUAACUCUACCACUGCAUGCUGCCAGCAACCAACGCAGCACAGACGACGACCAUGAAAACCAUUACAAUCCACAAAUUCACUACAAUGAUCACCUUGCCUGCGUCUUCAGCGACUCUCGUCAGCCCCGAACCUUGCCACCACCAAAAGCUCGACUUUAAUAUCGCCACAAAGCCUAAGGGCCACCUCAAACUGCAUGUAAGCAACCUACCACGGCGAAGGGUGGCCAAAAGGAGGGCUAUCUUGGAGAAGAGUGAGAGCAACAGCAUGGGAAGUGGAAAAACACACUCUGCACACUCUACCAAGGUUGGGGAAGAGCCUCAAUGUCAACACGUGAGCAUACAACCGCUGGGAGAAGAAACAGAUGUGUUUGUUUCUUUGGAGGAUGUAGAAGACUGGAAUGGGGUUAAAAUUUGCAUCGAAGAUGAGGGGGAGAAUGAUCAGGGCAUACCGACUCUGUCACGCUCAGUUCUCGACUUGAUGAUGGCGACCAUGUCGGGGAAGGUCCUGAUUGUAGGGAGAGUGAACGCCUUCACCGUCGUGCUCGGAAUUAUCAGCCGGAGGUGCCGUAGGGAUGUCACAAAGACGUACAUGGAGCUGCAUGAUAUGGGCAGAUUAGAAGAUUCCUGGAGGGGCUUGUUGAGUCGCAAAGGUUUAGGGUGGAUAGUCGGACAGCAGGAGUAGAUAGACACUGUAUUCAUAGAUAUAAUGUGUAUUUUUAGAGAAUUCACUACAUGAUAAGCUCCUCGAACUCUGUUUUUUCUGCC